UGGCGGGACCUGGCAGUUUGGGGCUGGUUGCUGUUGAAGAGAAGUAGUCAGCCCGGGAAACCGGCUCAUUUUCCUCAGUAUGUCGCAGAAGGAUCCGUGCCAGAAACAGGCCUGUGAACUACAGAAAUGCUUACAGGCCAACAACUACCUGGAGUCCAAGUGUCAGGCUGUCCUUCAAGAGCUGCGAAAGUGCUGUGCCCGGUACCCCAAGGGAAGAUCUGUGGUCUGUUCAGGAUUUGAAAAGGAGGAGGAAGAAAACGCAGCGCAGAUAUCAAUGCCAAAGUGAAGCUGGGAGAAGUUAUACCCUGCUCUCUGUUGCCACCACUCAAGUUUGGUUUAUCCUCCUUUCUUCAGGCCUGACAGCUGGAACGUGGAAAAAAAAAAAUCAGAAGAAAACAUGCUGUCUACGCAGAAGCAAAUUAUUAAAAGACGAAUGUGUAAAGUUAAGAAACCUAAGCCACAAGGAGAAGCCUACUUAGGUGGAAAUUUACUUUGCUAUUAAAUGUAUUUUAAGAAG